UUGGGUCUUGUCUCGGUUGUUGCGCGUACAUGGUUUGGCUGUAUCCCAUGAAAUCAGUGCGGCGGGGAAGAGUCGGAUGAUGCAGAUAUGGCACAGGCAGACCAUUGAAUAUGGACUGAAGAGACGAGGAAACUUCAGCGAAGACAAAACAACCUUUGGCGUCUAUCGAAGGAUUGCUGUUCAACAGAUUUUCAGCUAAGCCCUCAACACUAAUGUUGGCCAAUUCUUCUGGGAUGGGGGGUUCCAGGAUUGGUGAUUUGAAUGGAGGGUGUUUUGCCCAAAACCUGUUCAUCAUAGCUUAAGAAACAGGAUUGAUCUUGCCUGAACAAGUGGAAUUCUAGGACCUUUUACCUUCUUCUAGGCCAACCUCAUCUGGACCAUGUCCGGGCAAGGGGGAACCACAUGGAUAACAUCAGUCAUGGUCCAGCCAGUUGCCAGUCUACACCGAAUCUCUUGGAUUGUAAUUUUAGCCGCUUGGCUUGUCGUGGCUCAAGCACAACAGCAUCCCAUCGUCACCACCAACUACGGGAAGCUACGAGGCUUGAAAACAUCGCUACCCAAUGAGAUUUUGGGACCAGUGGAACAAUACUUGGGGAUUCCGUAUGCUCUACCGCCAACUGGUGAAAGGAGGUUUCAGCCUCCAGAGCCUCCUAUGUCUUGGCCCGGAAUUCGAAACGCCACACAGUUCGCCCCGGUCUGCCCACAGUUUCUGGAAGAUCGUUUUUUGCUCAAUGAUAUGUUACCUGUAUGGUUCACUGCCAACUUGGAUACAGUUGUGACCUACGUGCAGGACCAAAGUGAAGACUGUUUAUACCUGAACAUCUACGUGCCCACUGAGGAUGUAGGAGCCAACACAUACAAUCAACACUCUGAUGUCACCAAUAACGAGGGUGGCGAAGACAAAGACAUUCACGACGAGAAUGGUCUGAGACCAGUCAUGGUGUACAUUCACGGUGGAUCGUAUAUGGAAGGCACGGGGAACAUGAUUGACGGCAGCAUCCUGGCCAGCUAUGGAAACGUCAUUGUGAUUACCCUGAACUACAGACUGGGAGUGUUGGGAUUCCUAAGCACGGGCGACCAGGCUGCCAAAGGGAAUUAUGGCCUAUUGGACCAGAUUCAGGCAUUGCGGUGGAUCAAGGACAACAUCCAGGCUUUCAAGGGUGAUCCAAAGAGGGUGACCAUAUUUGGAUCAGGAGCUGGAGCCUCUUGUGUUAGUUUGCUGACCCUGUCCCACUAUUCAGAGGAUCUCUUUCAGAAAGCCAUCAUACAGAGUGGCACAGCUUUGUCCAGCUGGGCCGUCAAUUACCAGCCAGCCAAGUAUACGCGAAUGCUUGCAGAAAGAGUGGGUUGUAAUAUGCUAGACACAAUAGACAUGGUGGAGUGCUUGCAAAAUAAAAACUACAAGGAACUUAUUGAGCAAUACAUCACGCAGGCCAAGUACCAUAUUGCUUUCGGGCCUGUCAUCGAUGGUGAUGUCAUCCCAGAUGACCCGCAGAUCCUCAUGGAGCAGGGCGAGUUUCUGAACUACGACAUCAUGCUGGGCGUCAACCAGGGUGAAGGCUUCAAGUUUGUGGAUGGAAUUGUAGAUAGCGAGGAUGGCGUUUCAGCCACUGACUUCGAUUUCGCCAUUUCGGAUUUUGUGGACCACCUGUACGGCUAUCCAGAGGGCAAGGAUACGCUCAGAGAAACCAUCAAGUUCAUGUACACCGAUUGGGCUGACAAGGAGAAUCCCGAGACCAGACGCAAGACUUUGGUUGCGCUGUUUACGGAUCACCAGUGGGUGGCGCCUGCUGUAGCUACGGCGGACCUGCACGCCCAGUACGGAUCGCCAACGUAUUUUUAUGCUUUCUACCAUCACUGCCAGAGCGAGAUGAAACCAAGCUGGGCAGAUUCAGCUCACGGAGAUGAGGUGCCGUACGUCUUCGGAAUCCCUAUGAUCGGCCCGACCGAUCUUUUUAACUGCAAUUUUUCGAAGAAUGACGUCAUGCUAAGUGCAGUUGUGAUGACAUACUGGACGAAUUUCGCAAAGACUGGAGAUCCAAAUCAACCAGUGCCACAGGACACCAAGUUCAUCCACACCAAGCCCAAUCGCUUUGAAGAGGUUGCGUGGUCGAAGUACAACCCCAAAGACCAGCUGUACCUUCACAUCGGUCUAAAACCAAGAGUCAGAGACCACUACCGUGCCACCAAGGUGGCCUUCUGGCUUGAAUUGGUUCCUCACCUUCACAACAUCAAUGAUCUCCUCCAAUACGUCUCCACAACCACCAAGAUUCCACCGCAGGACACUACACCAUUCCCGUAUACCAAACGACUGGGAAAAACCUGGCCGUCCACCACAAGGCAUCCGGGAAUACCUCCUUCAAAUACCAAGCAGACCACAGACCAGCACAAAGGCAACGACGUUGGCGAGGACUCUGCUGUUAUGAUUGAGACUAAGCGUGAUUACUCAACUGAAUUGAGCGUCACCAUUGCGGUGGGGGCCUCACUACUCUUCUUAAACAUCCUGGCCUUUGCUGCACUCUACUACAAAAAGGACAAGCGACGGCAUGAAUCCGGGCGUCGCGGCACCAGCCCGCAGCGCAACGUCAACUCGAACGCGAACGACAUCUCGCGCAUACAGAGUGACGAGCUGGCAUCGCUGCAGAUGAAGCAGCAGCAGCAACAGCUGGAACAGCAGCUGGAGAACGAGCACAGGCACGAGUGCGAGGCGCUGCGACUGGCCUGUCCGCCUGAUUACGCACUCACGCUGCGCCGAUCGCCCGAUGACGUCCCUCUGAUGACACCCAGCACCAUCACGAUGAUUCCCAGCUCGCUCGGUACCAUGCAACCUUUGCACAAUUUCAAUUUCGUGGGGACUCAGAAUAACACCAACCUGCCCCAUGCUCACUCGACCACCAGGGUAUAGCUGGGUACAUU